AUGUCGGGCCCCAUUGGGGACCUGGGCAUGCCUGUGGAGGUGGGAAUGGAAGGCGAUGAUGACAGCUCCAGGGAAGCAGAGUAUACUACCAUUGGCUCCAUGUUGGACCAGAUCAGCUCCUGUCUGGACUACCUAGAGGAGAAGAAUGACCACCUACAUACCCUCCUCCAGGAGCUGCUUGAAUCCAGCUGGCAGACAGGUCUUGAGUGUCAGCAGCAGCUGGGUGAAGCUUCGAGCGAUGCUAGCCGCUAG